AUGUUGUAAAACUAUGUCUCGAACACAACACGAUACUAGUACAUAUAACAGUUGGGAUAGGGAUAAAUGAGUUAGGUCGUGUUAGUAAAAGACAUCAUGAAAAAUCAAUUGUGUGCUAUGAAGAUUGUAUUAGCAACAUUUAGGUGUAGAUCUUGAAAGAACUAUUGGAAGAGCCAUAAUUUGCAUUUAGCAUGAAGAGGGAGAUUCUGAUUCAUAUGAAUCUCAAUCACAAGAAUGUCGUUAAAUUGUAUGAGACCUUUGAAGAUGACACCUUUCUUUAUUUGGUUUUGGAGUACUGUAACCAAGGCACGUUGAGCUCCCAGAAAGCGAUGUUUGUAGAGAAUAAUAUCUUCGAUUGUUUUCAUCAGAUACUGGAUGGAAUAGAUUACCUCCACAACAAUAACAUCAUCCAUAGAGACAUUUAAGUAUUUAUAUAAAGGUACAAAAGCCUGACAAUAUCUUAAUUGAUAAUGGAGUGUACAAGAUUUGUGAUUUCGGAAGUGCGAUAUAACUGAAUUUUGAUUAGCUUUAUAUUUCAGAAAAGUUGGGCAACAUGGGUUAUGCUGCUCCAGAACUGUUGUCCAAUCAAGAUUAUGAUCAUAAAGUAGAUGUGUGGUCUUUGGGAGUAGUCAUUUAUGUAAAAAGAGAUUUAUUAUUAUAGGAAUUAUUACAUUAAGAUAAACCACAAUAAGAAGUUUAAGUGAAUGAAAGAUUGAAUGAGGAUUUGUAGAUUUUGUUGUAUGCUAUGCUUACGAAGCCUUUCCAAUAAAGGCCCAGUUGUAAGUAAGUGUAUUUGUGCAAAUGGUUUAAGAAGAUGAUGAAAUAAUUGAAAUUGUUCAAUAAGUAUGAACAUGAGCAAUUGAAAACUAAGCAUCUUAAUAAGUAAAUUCAAAUAAAGACGUUAUAAAAUUGGUAGGCUUUGUUAUAAUUAUGAUUAGUUGUUUUGAUUUAAAAUAAGCAGCAGUGUCACAAACCAGCAGUCUUACUUAAAGUGAUUCUACUACUGCUCCUAUGAUUCCCAAUUCUAUUUAAAAUUCGACUGACUCGCUUCAUGACUCUAUUCCCAUUGUUGAAUCCCCAGCCAAUCCAUAGAUGUGA